ACUACAACAAUCUGCAGUCCCGGAAGAGACCACUUGCCAAAUGUAGCAAAAACAGUCUGUUUGAAAUGGCGUCAGUCACUCUUCGUGCCUGCGGGCUUUGCACAGCGGCAUUGCUUAACUUUGCGUUUGUUUUCAUAUCUGGAGCAGAUUUUAUUCGGUUUAUAUCAUUUCGAGUCAUUUACCAUAACAUUACGGGAGAGACGUCACUCUGUCAAGACACCAUACCGUGGUCAGCGGCCCUGCAGGACAGCUCUGUCCUUAAGCCAUUGGUUGUGGACGUUGCUCUGCUGGUUCUCUUCACCUUGCAACAUAGUCUGCUUGCAUGGACUCCUGUAAAACAGGCCUGCCAGUCAGUCCUCGGGUCCCUGAACCGGACUGCAUACUGCUUCACCACAGCACUGGCUCUGCAGAUUCUGAUGAAUUACUGGCAGCCUGUAUCUGGCGCCCCCUGUCUGUGGUCAGUGCGUCAUGCACCAUGGAGUGUCUGGUUCCCUCUGCUCUGCUUUGUUGUGCACUUCUUCUGCUGGGCCAUCAUCUGCAGCAUCCUCCUGAUCUUUGACUACCCAGAACUACUGGGCAUCAAACAGGUGUAUUAUAAGUGUUUAGGUCUGGGGGAGCCCCUGUCCCAUAAGUCGCCCGAGGCACAACGCUUCCUGUCUCACUUCCGCCACCCGGUGUGCUUGGAGCUUGGUGUGGUUUUGUGGUUCCUGCCGGCUUUAUCCUUGGACCGGCUGCUCCUGGCAUUAACCAUGUCAGCCUACCUGACGCUGGCACACUCGCUGGACAAACAGGAUUUAGCUUUCCUCUGCAAACAGCUUAGCACCAAGGUGCAGCUCUUUUAUGAGCCUCACCGGGCCACGGCUACAAUCCCUCAUCGGGAUAGUAACCACAAGGAGGAGUGAAAGUGAAAGUGAAAGUCCGAAGUCAAAAUGAUGUUCUGCAGGAAGAACCUUAGAGGCUGAUAACAGCUCACUACGUUUUCAUUUAUAUGAACAUGAGUGUUUAUUUUUAAUGCUAAUUGGAUAUUAAAGGUUAUCGGUGUUACAGCCAUGUCCAUACUCAAUACAGGGCUGCAUACUGGCAAAUGAAAGGGUCUUGAGCCUUUUUUUGAUAUUAUAAUAAUUCUUAUUAUAUUAUCUAUACUAAACCUAAACCUUGUAUAGCGCUGGAAUACAUUUAAAACAAGACACAAGCAUUAUUUAUGUCUUUAAUCUCUUAUUUUGUCUACUAUAUUGGGUAAUAUGAAUGUAAAGGCAACUGUAGGGGUGCUAUUUCAUGUAUAGAGGGCUCUAAUAAUGUUAAACAUUCUACUAUAUUUGGUAAUAUGACUGUAAAGGUGACUAUAGGGUUGUUAUUUCAUGUCUAGAGGGCUCUAAUAAUUUUAAACAUUGUACUCUAUUGGGUAAUACAAAUGUAAAGACGACUGUAGGGGUGCUAUUUCAUGUAUAGAGGGCUCUAAUAAUGUUAAACAUUCUACUAUAUUGGGUAAUACGAAUGUAAAGGUGACUGUAGGGGUACUAUUUCAUGUAUUGGGGGCUCUAAUAAUGUUAAAUAUUCUACUUUAUUCAGUAAUACGAAUGUAAAGGUGACUGUAGGGGUGCUAUUUCAUGUAUUGAGGGCUCUAAUAAUGUUAAACAUUCUACUUUAUUGGGUAAUACGAAUGUAAAGGUGGCUGUAGGGGUGCUAUUUCAUGUCUACAGAGCUCUAAUAAUAUUAAACAUUCUACUAUAUUGGCAAUAUGAAUGUAAAGUGACUGUAGGGGUGUUAUAUGAAGUCUAUAGGGCUCUAAUAAUGCUAAACAUUCUACUAUAUUGGGUAAUACACAAGUGUAAAGGUGACUGUAGGGUUGUUAUUUAAUGUCACAAGGGCUCUAAUAAUGCCAAACAUUCUACUAUAUUGGGUAAUACGAGUGUAAAGUUGACUGUAGGGGUGUUACAUCAUGUCUAGAGUGCUCUAAUGUUAAACAUUCUACUAUAUUGGGUAAUACACAAGUGUAAAGGUGACUGUAGGGGUGUUAUUUAAUGUCUAGAGGGCUCUAAUAAUGCUAAACAUUGUACUAUAUUGGGUAAUACGAGUGUAAAGUUGACUGUAGGGGUGUUAUUUCAUGUCUAGAGGGCUCUUAACGUUUCAUUCAGAUGGUUAAAAAUUCACCAAUACAUCAAAAUAUAAAAUAUCUUGGGGGGAAA